UCAGAAAACUCAAAGAAAAACUUCCGGACCGGCACUUCGUAGACGACCUGGUACGAAAUCGGACAUGAUUUUUGGAACAUGGAAUGUUAGAACAUUAUAUAGAGGAGGUGCAGUGAAAAAACUAACUGAUGUUUUCUUGGAGUACAAAUUAGAUGUACUGGCUGUUCAGGAAAUGAGGUGGACUGGAAGUGGAGUAAUGGACAAGCGAAAUUGCAGUAUCUACUAUAGCUGCCACGACAGACUACACCAAUUUGGAACAGGUUUCAUCGUCAACAAAAGAAUCAGAGACAAAGUGAUUGAAUUUAAGCCAGUGAAUGAAAGAAUUUGCAGAAUACGAAUCAAAGGAAGAACGCAUAAUAUCUCAAUUAUUUGUGCCCAUGCCCCCACGGAGGACAAGGCGGAUGAAGUUAAGGAUGGAUUCUAUGACCUUCUAGAAAAGACACAAAGUGAAUGCUGUUCAAAUGAUGUGAAACUGCUCAUGGGCGAUUUCAACGCAAAGAUUGGCCACGAUACAAACAUGAACAGAUUUGCUGGAAAUGAAAGCCUACAUGAAGAGACAAGCAAAAAGGGCAUCCGACUUAUUAACUUGGCCAUUUCUACAAACAUGGUAAUAGGGAGUACAACUUUUAAACACAAAAACAUACAUAAAGCCACCUGGAGAUCCCCAGAUGGAUUAACCCAAAAUCAAAUAAAUCACAUACUUAUUGAUUUAAGACAUAGAAGCAGUCUUCAAGACGUUCGAACAUACCGCGGUGCAAAUGUGGACUCCGAUCACUUUUUGGUAGCCUCAAAAAUACGUCACAAGGUAAAUAGAUAUUAUCAUAAAAGGAGAGAUAAUAACGACAAAAGGAUUGACAUUGAGCAGCUAAAGAAGACAGAGGUAAUGAAAGAGUUCCGAAAAGAACUAAAAAGCAAGAUUGAAUCGAGUGUCGAAACUGAGACUGUGGAGACUGCGUGGCAGUCUCUUAAACAAACCAUAAUUAAUGCGUCUGAAAAAACAAUACCAGAAAUGGAAGGAAAGAAAACCACCUCUUGGUUUGAUGAAGAAUGCUGUGCCAUUACGAAAAAGAAGAAUGAAGCGUAUAAAUCCAUGAUCCAGAAACGCUACACUAGGCGCGCAGAAGAAACAUAUUAA